UUACAUUACCCUCUGAAAAGCCACUGCCUUUAUUUUGUAUUGAACAUACCCUUCCACUUCAGGGUUUUUUUACAUUUUCACUCUUGAACUCACUUUCUCUCCUCCCUUUUUUCUCUACCCUUCUCUAUUUCUGUGUGUGGUAGUGAGGGAGCUUUCUUCUGGCCACUAUCUGAUCUGUGCUUUGUAAUCAUGUCCUGGGUUAUGCCUGCUUUAGCUAUUGGGCUUCUUAUUCUAGCCAUGACUGGCCAUUCAAGUGCAACGUGGUGUGUUUGUAGGGAUGGAUUGCCUGAUACAGUUCUCCAAAAGACACUGGACUUUGCUUGUGGAGCUGGGGCUGACUGUGUCCCUAUUCAUCAAAAUGGGGGCUGUUACCUUCCCAACACUGUUAAGGCUCAUUGUUCCUUUGCUACUAAUAGCUACUUUCAGAGGAAGGGUCAAGCUCCAGGUUCCUGUGAUUUUUCUGGCACGGCAGCGGUCACCACUUCUGACCCGAGCAUUUCAGGUUGUGCUUAUCCUUCUAGCGCCAGCCCUGUAAACAGUGGCACUAUUCCAGUAACUGGGACUCCAACCACCACCAACCCGGGCAAUGGAUUAACUCCCACAACCAACACCCCAUUUGGUUCUACAACACCCACCGGCGUCCUCGGCGGUAACGGAUUUGGUAGUGGCAACAACAAUGGUCUAGAACCAUCAGGGGUUGGCGGGAUGAACACAGACUACAACAGCGGAUCAAGACUCCAACUCACUCUAAUUGCCAAUGUAGUUGGUUUCUUAUUCACUCUCUUGUUAUGUGGGCAUAUGGUUUGAUGGAAUUUUCUUUUAUUUUUGAAACAGUUGUGGUUAUGGUUGGUGAAGUGAAGGGUCAGAUUGGAUUCCAAAAUGCAGGAUGGUAGCAUGUGAUGUUCCUGUUCUUAGUGUACUGCUUUUUUUUCUUACUCUUAGACAGCUUUGUUUUGUUUGUUUGUUUUCUUCCUUCACUCUCUUUACUCUUUUCCCACUUGGUACCCAAAAGAAAGAAGAGAAGAAAAAUUGGGCUCAUUCUUUUUUUUUCUCUUAUUAUGGAUUUUUGUUGCUCUAGUGGUGGGACCCAUAGAAUAGUCUUUUUCUUCUAUUCUCUCUCUGUAUAUGCUAACUUUAUCAGAUCUAAAAUGGUGGCCAUGUUCAUUAAA